AUGCCCUUCGCAGAGAGUGACGAAGUUGGACAGCAGCAGGUAGGAGUUGGGGCAGAUGUUGUGGGGCUGAAGCCCAUAUGUGUUGAGGACGGAGAGGAACAAUUCCGAACAAGGAAGCGACAGUCCGCGUUCCACCCAAGCCUUGGUCAUGACCACUUCUCCGGCUCCAGGCUUGGGGACGAUUGUGUCGCCGGCACCGGCACCGGCAGCCACCGCCCCGCCGCCAAGGCCAGGAAGGGCCUCGCCGCCAUCCUGUACAAGCUCCGCGACGUGCACCGCCCGCCGUCGUCGCCGCCAUCGCCCUUGCCGUGCCCGUCGCCGUCCACCCCGCACCACCGGCAGCUCUGCUACCCGCCGGCCCCGUCCACGUGGCCGUGGCCUUCGUGCCGGCACCCGCGCACCAGCUCGUUCCGCGCGAGGCCGGAGGACAUUGCCGCCGCCGCGGCCGUGUACCGGACCGCCAACGCGGUGUACGACGCGUCGUCGGAGCACUUCCACCGGCGCCCGUCCCUGGACGAAGCGUGGUGCGGGAAACGGAGCUCCGUCUCCGUGUCGGGGCAGGACGCCGUCGAUCGGGAGCCGGAGGCGGAGGAGACCAAUAAGGAGGUGCAGCUGCGCGAGACGGCCGUCGUGUGCGGCGUGCGGUCGGAGCGGCUCUUCUUCGAGCCGGCCGGCACAGAGUUCUUGUCGCCCAAGCAGGCGGAGGCGCUACUAGGCGAGGCCGAGACACCCACCACGGACGCGCCAACCAAGACCGACGAAGCGACCACCGCGCCGGCCGGCGAGAAGGACGACCAGACGCCACCGGCGGAGUCCUCCGAGCUGAAGGGUGGCACGGUGGUGGUGACGGUGGAGUCGGAGGACCCCUACGGCGACUUCCGGGCGUCGAUGGUGGAAAUGGUGGCGGCGCACGGGCUGCGGGACUGGGAGGGCCUGGAGGAGCUCCUGGCGUGGUACCUCAAGCUCAACGCCAAGGGCGUGCACGCCGUCAUCGUGGGCGCCUUCGUGGACAUGCUCGUGGGCCUGGCCACCCCGCCGAGCCCGUCGCCGCCGUCGCAGUCGCCGUCGUCCUCGUGCAUUACGUUCGAGGAUUACUCGUCGGCGACCUUGGACGAGGAAGAGAAGAGCUGA